AUGGGCCAAACGCAGAACGUGGAAGAAGGUGCCCCACCUAUCACUCCACCCGAAGUUGAAGUGAAUCGCCGGCGGAAGGACUACCUCCAUCGUUUGGGGAUUCAGAAGGAUCAUGAGAAAUUUGCCGGCUACCAGCCUCCCGUUCCACCCACCGCAACCGCUGAGGCACCGGACAGGCUUCAACACUCGGGAUCAGGUGAGAAGGAGGGUGAGGACUUUGAAAUGAAUGCGCUUGAUCUAAAGAGCCAAGAUGACUUCAGAGUGAACUUUCUCCGCAAGCUUUCGUACUCGCAGGUGUGGGUCCCGCAGGCGCAGAAGUCACCGCAACACCAGACGGUGAUCAUCUUCGACUGGGAUGACACGCUUUUGUGUACGUCAUUCCUCAACCUCCGCCAGGAGCAUGGACUUUCACAUGCAGUGGAGCGCUGCUUGAAGGAGAUUGAGUCGGCAUCCAAGAAGCUCCUGCAGCUUGCUCAGCGAAUGGGCCACACCUUCAUCAUCACGAACGCGAUGAGCGGCUGGGUCGAGUACAGUGCGGCAAAGUGGGUGCCAGGCAUGCUGGAUGUGCUUCAGAGAAUUCGGGUCAUCUCUGCGCGCACAAAGUUCGAGCCUGAAUUUCCUGGAGAGGUCGGAAAGUGGAAAGAGAAUGCAUUCUUGGAGGUGCAGAAACAGUUGGACAACGAGAUCAUCACGAAUUUGAUCUCUGUAGGCGACUCCAACUUCGAGAUGGACGCAUUGCACGUGAUGGGCAAGCAGUUUGCGCAGGCCCUGGUGAAAACCAUCAAAUUCCGGGAGAAUCCGUCACCAGAGGAACUUCUGAAGCAGCUGGAGCUCGUCACGCAAAAGUUUGAGAAGAUCGUCGAGAACGCGCGCAACCUGAAGAUCGGAUUGGAAAGAAAAUGGGUUGGGAACCCGCACGCCGCAGCCCAAGCCCAGCCCAAGCGUGCAAUGCAGUGA